GGUGGUUUCCACCGGGCUCGUUCCGUUGUUGAACUGGUGUCAAACUGAGUUCUGUGAUGGAGCUUUGCUCUUACUCAGCCUGUACCUGAUCGUUAGUUUCUUUGCAUCUGGUCUGAAACACAGCGACACUGACGGAGAUCCUCCACGAAGAACCAUGGCGGACAGCAUAAUCAUUAGGGUUCAAUCCCCUGAUGGAAUGAGAAAAAUUCCUUCUACCAAGAGGGAGACGGCAGCUGCUUUUCUAAAAAAGGUGGCCAAAGAAUUUGGCUUUAAUUCCAAUGGAUUCUCAGUUUAUCUGAACCGCAACAAGACCGGAGAGAUCCUGUCUCAGAACAAAACCCUCAGCUUACUCAAGAUUAAGCAUGGGGACAUGUUGUUUCUGUUCCCGUCUACAUCUUCUUCCUCCGGGGAAAAAAUGGAUACAGCCAUCCCGCACUCGUCUUCAUCACUACCGUCUCUCUCCUCCUCCUCUUCGUCAUCCUCCUUGAUCCCUCGGUCCUCCUCGGCCCCCCAGGUCCAGGAGGACGAGAUCGAUCAGUAUCUGGCUAAGCAGGAUGGCAAGAUCUACCGGAACAGAGAUCCACAGCUGUGUCGCCAUGGCGCCCUUGGGAAAUGUGUACACUGUGUUCCAUUAGAGCCUUUUGAUGAAGACUACCUGAACCACCUGGACCCGCCGGUGAAGCACAUGUCGUUCCACGCCAACCUCCGGAAGCUGACUGGUGGAGCAGAUAAAGGGAAGUUCGCCGCUCUGGAGAACAUCAGCUGUAAGAUCAAGUCGGGCUGCGAGGGUCACCCGCCCUGGCCAGACGGGAUCUGCACCAAGUGCCAGCCCAGUGCCAUAACUCUCAACAGACAGAAAUACAGACAUGUGGACAACAUCAUGUUUGAAAACCACACCAUCGCAGAUCGCUUUCUGGACUUUUGGAGGAAAACGGGCAGCCAGAGGGUGGGAUACCUGUACGGCAGGUACACGGAGCACAAAGACAUCCCUCUGGGUAUCAGAGCCGAGGUGGCUGCCAUCUACGAGCCCCCACAGACUGCCAACCAGAACAGCCUGGAGCUGUUGGAGGACCCGAAAGCUGCAGCUGUGGAUGAAAUCGCAGCCAAACUGGGUCUCUGCAAGGUGGGAUGGAUUUUCACCGACCUGCUGUCUGAAGAUACAAGGAUAGGGACGGUCCGUUACCUGAGGAACCAGGAUUCCUACUAUCUGAGCGCAGAGGAGUGCAUCACUUCUGGGUACUUCCAGAACCAGCAUCCAAACCCAUGCAGACUCUCUCGAGACGGCUUCUUUGGAUCCAAGUUUGUGACUGUGGUGGCUACAGGCGGACCUGAUAACCAGGUGCAUUUUGAAGGGUACCAGGUGUCGAACCAGUGCAUGGCUCUGGUGAGAGACGAGUGCCUCCUGCCCUGCAAAGACGCUCCAGAGCUGGGCUACGCUAAAGAGUCCAGCCCCGAGCAGUACGUACCGGACGUCUUCUUCAAGGACAAAGACAAAUUUGGAAAUGACGUGACGUUUCUGGCUCGCCCUCUUCCCGUGGAGUACCUCAUCAUAGAUAUAACCACCACCUUUCCAAAGGACCCCCAGUACACCUUCACGUCCACGCAGCGCUUUCCCAUCGAGAACCGGGAUAUUCUUGGAGAGACCCAAGAUUUUCACAGCUUAGCGACGUACCUGUCCCAGUGCUCCUCCACGUCAUUCCUGGACAUCGUGUCAGACUUCCACCUGCUGCUUUUCCUCGUCACCAAUGAAGUCAUGCCCCUGAGAGACAGCAUCGGGCUCCUGCUGGACGCAGUGAAGACGUCUAACGAGGACCUGGCACAGACCUGGAAGAAGUCUGAGCAGUGGGCCACCAUUGAGCAACUGUGCAGCACAGUGGGCGGCCAGCCAUCCAGCUCUCUGGGUUACGGGGCCAUGGGCGGCGCCUCCGUUCCCGCCUCGUCCUCGGCCAUGUGGUCCUGUCUCCAUUGCACAUUCAUGAACCAGCCCGGCACAGAGCACUGUGAAAUGUGCAGUCUGCCUCGCAGUUAAGACCCCCCCCCUCCAGCCCGAGCAAACUCUCUGGUCCAGGAUCAGCUGCAAGAUGAAGGCUCCCUCCAAGCUUUCCCCUCCUUUGUUACUCGGGCUGCUGUACACCUGAAGGGAAACGCCUCAGGACCCCUUCUCCUCCCCCAGCAGCGGGUUUUUGGUGAAGAGCUUUCCAAACAGCCCCCGCCUUCUAGGAGACGGGGGUGAAGGUUUCAGCUCCUCGGCUGCUUCGGAACAUUUUUGUUGUUUGUCCUUCUCCUUUGAGGGUCUUUUGUCAGCUGUAUCAGAUGGGGGGGGGGUCUUCUCUCAUGCUCAGAGAUGCUGGUGUCCCACAGGCCUACAGAACCAACAUCAGUCAGACACACACACACACCACACACCCCCGCAGAAUGCCAGCAGCUCCACCAGAAAUCCCCUGCACAGCUUCACUGUUCCUGUUGGCAGAGCCACAUUUAGGUCCAGAAGGGGCAAACAGCAGCUGCUUGGUUUCUCCCAUCAGACCUUUCAGUGGUUCCGAGCGGUUUGGAUGCUUCUGACUUCAGCAGACGUGAAAUGUAGCCUCUGUUUCCCUGACGACAAGCCCAGAGAAAGCUUAAAUCCAACUGCUGCUUGAAACGGGCAGAUCUCCUCUUCCUGCAGAACCUGGGGUUCUUCUCAUGCCGGUGGUUCUGCAGCUCUCCUGGGCCGGGUUCCUGUGGGUUCUGCCGUCAGGCAGUGGGAGGAGCUGUUAGCCGUGGUCAAAGCGGUUGAGACCCCUGAGCUGAAAAGUGCUGGUUUCUGCUCGUCUGCUUCUUCUGCACGGACGCAGCGAUGCUGAAAGACGGAUUCAUCUGAAAGGGGUUUUCCUGUCGUCUUUGGUGGGAGGCUUUUCACUGCAAACAUAUUUCUGACAGAUUUCCAGAUUUAUCUAACUGGUGGCUGUGUCCCGUCCUGAGCUAACCCUCGGCAGGACGUGGGGGCUUUCUGGAGUCGUCCUCUCUGGUUGGAGACUUCAGUCGGCAGGAAAGCUCGCUGCAGGCGGUGUCCGUCACUCCGGCUCACUUUGGCUUCAUUCAUUUGCAGGAUUAGAUUGGGACCAAAACCCAGAGAUGCAGCAAGUGCUUUAGACGAGCCAGAUGGUUCUGAUGUCCAUCUGAAGCCAUAGAGCUGUGACCAAAGCGGAACCCUGAGCAUUGAUGCUCACACACCCAAACGUCAGCCCCAGUUCUUAGCUUUUCAUGGCCUCCUUGUUCCACGUGGACUUGAGGAUCCCGUCAGGAUCCAUAGAGUUCCUGGCGGGCCUCCUCUGAGGACGGGUCUUCUGCAGUAGGUUUGCCGUGUUCUCCUCACAUUACUUUCUUAGUUGAGCAGAUGAGGGGGUUUUCUUUGUGUUUUGCCCGUGUGGAUUUGCUCCGUUUUCCCUCCUGCAGACAGACAGACAGACAGGCGGACCGUUUCCUUUUGCACUGAUCCUGGCCCGGUUCCUUUGAGCGCUCAUGCUCCUUGACUUUUCUGCUCUCCGUGAGAUUUGGGCCCUGAGAGUUGUAUGCUGUUGACCUGAAUUUGAAACAAAAAUUAAUAAAUUAAUUUUUAAAAAGUG